AUGGGGCGGCUGUGGGGUGAGGAGGGGGCUGUGGGCGCUGCGGACACGGGGGGGGGGAGGGGGUUUGGUGUCCCCCGGGGGGGGUCGGGGGGUGCCGGGGGGGCGGGGGGGGGAUGGGGUCGGUGUGGAAGCGGCUGCAGCGCGCGGGAAACGGGCGGCCAAGGUGCGCUUCGUGGCGGUGUUCGAGGAGCUGCUGGUGGAGGGGGGCAAGAGAUGCCCCACAGCUGGCAGCCCGGCAUCGAGAACCCGUACCGGGGGAUGGUCGUGUGGGUGGUCCCCGAGAGCAUCGAGGUCGUCGUCACCCUCUACCGGGACCCCCACGCCCCCACCUACGAUGACAAGGAGUGGACCUUCCUCAUCGAGAACGAGUCGCGGGGGCGGCGCUCGGUGGUGGCGGGGGCUCCGGUGGACUUGGGGCGCUUGGUGGGCCCCACGGCGGGGGGGGACGGGACCCCCGUAUCGCUGUCCCUCCCCCUGCGCCCCCGGUCGCGCAAGGUGGCGGCCGCCAGCCUCCGCCUGCGCCUCAGCGCCACCGUCCUGCACGAGGGGCACCCGACCGAGGAGGACAUGCAGAGCGUGGCCAGCCUGCUGAGCCGCCCGGGGGACGUGGCCGACCUGGGGGACUUCGAGAGCGACCCCGACGAGGAGGAGGAGGAGGGCGAGGAGGAAGGCCGGGGGGGCCCGCGGCGGGGGAGCACCCCCUCUGUCCCCCGAGAGUCACCCCGGGAGCUGCAGGCGGUGGCGGAGGAGGAGGAGCAGGAGGAAGAGCAGGGGGGCAGAGGCCCCCCCGCAAAGAAGGGCGACCACAGGGCCCCCCCCCCGACACGGGGAGCACAGGGGGACCCCCCCAGCAGCGGGGGGCACCCGGGCACCCCCCUCGAUGUAACAGCGCCCGCCCCGGGGGGCAGCGGGGGGCUGCUGGCGUGGUGCCAGGCGGCCACGGCCGGGUAUCGGGGCGUCCGGGUCACCAACUUCAGCACGUCCUGGCGCAGCGGCUUGGCCUUCUGCGCCCUCCUGCACCGGCACCGGCCCGAGCUGCUUGACUACGAGUCCCUGGACCCCCUCGACAUCAGGGGCAACAACAAGCUGGCGUUCGACGCCUUCUCGGCGCUGGGGGUCCCGCGGCUGCUGGACCCGGCCGACCUGGUGCUGCCGCCGGCGCCCGACAGCCUGGGGGUCCUCACCUACCUCAGCCAGGUGCGGGCCCGCCUGCAGCCCCCCCCGGGGGUCCCCCCCGACCCCCGGCUGGGCGCCGUGGGGGGGGGGCCCCCCCGGAUCCGCCCGGACCCCCAGCCCCGCCCGGACCCCCAGCUCUGUAUCAUUGAGGGGGGGUCCCCCCAGAUCCAGCCGGACCCCCAGCUUGGUGCCGUUGAGGGGGGGACUCCCCAGAUCCACCCGGACCCCCAGCUCUGCCCGGACCCCCAGCUCCGUAUCAUUGAGGGGGGGUCCCCCCGGAUCCACCCGGACCCCCAGCUCCGCCCGGACCCCCAGCUCUGUAUCAUUGAGGGGGGGUCCCCCCAGAUCCAGCCGGACCCCCAGCUUGGUGCCGUUGAGGGGGGGUCUCCCCGGAUCCAGCCGGACCCCCAGCUUGGUGCCGUUGAGGGGGGGUCUCCCCGCAUCCACCCGGACCCCCAGCUCUGCCCGGACCCCCAGCUCCGUAUCAUUGAGGGGGGGUCACCCCGGAUCCACCUGGACCCCCCGCUUGGCACUGUUGAGGGGGGGCCCCCCCGGAUCCAGCCGGACCCCCAGCUCCAUAUCGUUGAGGGGGGGUCCCCCCGGAUCCAGCCGGACCCCCAGCCCCACCCGGACCCCCAGCUCCAUAUCAUUGAGGGGGGGCCCCCCCGGAUCCAGCCAGACCCCCAGCUUGGCACUGUUGAGGGGGGGCACCCCCAGCCCCACCCGGACCCCCAGCUCCAUAUCAUUGAGGGGGGGUCACCCCGGAUCCAGCCGGACCCCCAGCUUGGCGCCGUGGAGGGGGGCCCCCCCCAGCCCCACCUGGACCCCCAGCUCCAUAUCAUUGAGGGGGGGUCCCCCCAGAUCCACCUGGACCCCCCGCUUGGCACUGUUGAGGGGGGCCCCCCCCAGCCCGACCCGGACCCCCAGCUCCGUAUCAUUGAGGGGGGGUCCCCCCGGAUCCAGCCGGACCCCCAGCUUGGCCCCAUCGAGGGGGGGACUCCCACAGACCCCCAGCUUGGCACCACUAAUAGGGGGGGGCCCCUCCAGAAGGCCCCGGACCCCCAACUUGGCUCCGUUGGGGGGCCCCCACGGACACCCCCAGACGCAAGGCUUGGCACUGGCCAGGGGGGGCCCCCCCAGAAGCUCCCGGACCCCCAGCUCAGCACCAUCGAGGGGGGGGCCCCCCCAGACCCACAGCUCGGCACCACUAAUGGGGGGCCCCCCCGGACGCCCCCAGACCCACGGCUUGGCUCCAUUGAGGGGGGGCCCCCCCGGACACCCCCAGACCCACAGCUCAGCACUGUCAAUGGGGGCCCCCCCACGGACCCCCAGCUCGGCACCACUAAUGGGGGGCCCCCCCAGACCCCCCCUGACCCCCACCGUGGCGCUGUCGAGGAGGGGCCCCCCCAGACCCCCCCCCCCAUCCGAGGGGUGCAGCGGGGGGGCAUCCGCAAAGGACGCUGGGCCUGGGCCCCCCCCGGGGGCGCUGGUGCCCCCCGCGCCUGCACCGCCCCGGGGGGGCAGGGGGUCGCCCCCCCCCGCAGCCGCCCCCCCCGGGCCCCGCGCCCCCCCCCCCGCACCAAGACCCUCGCCCACCUGCGUGACGCCGACCUGCUGCGGAGACGGCGCUCGGCGCGGCGCGGGGACCCCCCCACGGGUGACAGGGACGUCGCGCCCCCCCCGGCCCCGCCCCCCUCCGACCCCCCGGCGGAGCCCGGCCCCACAGAGGAGGAGACCCCGCGGCUGCGGGACGCGGGGCAGUUCGUGGGGGCCGAGCUGGCGGCGCUGGAGCGGGAGCAGACGCGUGUGGACGCCCGGGCCGUCGCCCUCGAGCGGGAGCUGCGCGGCCUCAUGGAGUCGGGCGCCGACCCCCCCCGCGAGGAGCAGCUCAUCCAGGAGUGGCUCUCGCUGGUCAACCAGAAGAACGCGCUGCUGCGGCGGCAGGACCAGCUCCAGCUGCUGGCGGAGGAGCAGGACCUGGAGCGUCGGUUCGAGCUGCUGAGCCGGGAGCUGCGGGCGAUGCUGGCCACGGAGGACGCCUGA